UUCCUACAUGUCCUUAAACCAUGUGCAGGCAAGGGGAGCCCAUGAAAUUCGUAACCUGGGUCUGGAUGACAUCGUGCAACAAAAUGAUUGGUGUGCUGCUGGUCUUUUUCCCUGCUCUGCUCCUGGAGAUGGGCGUGCUGCCCAAGAGUGGUGGUUGGAAGGUUCUUCUCUCUGCAGCCUCCUCACAACGGUCGGUGGCUCGGAUGGAUGGGGAUGUCAUCAUUGGGGCCCUCUUCUCUGUCCAUCACCAGCCACCAGCCGAGAAAGUGCCGGAGAGGAAGUGCGGGGAAAUCAGGGAGCAAUACGGCAUCCAGAGAGUCGAAGCCAUGUUUCACACUUUGGAUAAAAUUAAUGCAGACCCGGUCCUGCUACCUAACAUCACCCUGGGCAGUGAGAUCCGAGACUCCUGCUGGCACUCGUCUGUGGCCCUGGAGCAGAGCAUCGAGUUCAUACGGGACUCUCUCAUCUCCAUCAGGGACGACAGGGACGGAGGCACCCGCUGCAUUUCCGACUCGCAGACUCAGCCCCAGACCAGAGUGAAAAAGCCCAUUGCGGGGGUCAUCGGCCCUGGCUCCAGCUCAGUUGCUAUCCAAGUCCAAAAUCUGCUCCAGCUCUUCGACAUCCCCCAGAUUGCCUACUCUGCCACCAGCAUCGACCUGAGCGACAAAACGCUGUACAAGUACUUCCUCAGGGUGGUCCCCUCCGACACGCUGCAGGCCAGGGCCAUGCUUGACAUCGUCAAGCGUUACAACUGGACCUACGUCUCCGCCGUGCACACGGAAGGAAAUUAUGGGGAAAGCGGAAUGGAAGCCUUCAAAGAGUUGGCUGCCCAAGAGGGUCUCUGCAUUGCUCACUCUGACAAGAUCUACAGCAACGCUGGCGAGAAGAGCUUUGAUCGCCUGCUCCGCAAGCUGCGAGAGAGGUUACCCAAGGCUAGAGUGGUGGUGUGCUUCUGCGAGGGAAUGACAGUCAGGGGCAUCCUCAUCGCCAUGCGGCGCCUGGGAGUGCUUGGGGAGUUCCUGCUAAUUGGAAGUGACGGCUGGGCAGACAGAGAUGAGGUCAUUGAAGGCUAUGAGCCCGAGGCAAAUGGAGGCAUUACUAUCAAGCUGCAGUCUCCCGAGGUGCUGGCAUUUGAUGACUACUACCUGAAGCUGCGGCUGGACACCAACACCCGCAACCCCUGGUUUCCCGAGUUCUGGCAGCACAGAUUUCAGUGCCGCAUUCCAGGGCACCCGCUAGAGAAUCCCAACUUCCAGAAGAAUUGCACUGGCAAUGAGAGCUUAGAAGAAAAUUAUGUGCAGGACAGUAAAAUGGGAUUUGUCAUCAAUGCAAUAUACGCUAUGGCUUAUGGGCUACAAAACAUGCAUCAUUCCCUUUGCCCUGGACAUGUUGGACUGUGUGAUGCUAUGAAGCCAAUUGAUGGCAGCAAGCUCCUGGAGUUCCUCCUCAAAUCCUCAUUCAUUGGUGUUUCUGGAGAAGAAGUUUGGUUUGAUGAAAAGGGAGAUGCCCCUGGAAGAUAUGACAUCAUGAACCUACAGUACAUAGAGCCCAACCGCUACGACUAUGUCCUUGUUGGGACCUGGCAUGAGGGCGUGCUCAACAUUGAUGACUACAGGAUUCAGAUGAAUAAGAGCGGAAUGGUCCGAUCCGUGUGCAGCGAGCCUUGCCUGAAGGGCCAGAUUAAGGUGAUCAGGAAGGGAGAAGUGAGCUGCUGCUGGAUUUGCACUGCUUGCAAGGAGAAUGAAUUUGUUCAGGAUGAAUUCACAUGUAAAGCCUGUGAGCUUGGCUGGUGGCCAAAUGCUGACCUGACAGGCUGUGAACCCAUCCCUGUAAAGUAUCUCCAGUGGAGCAAUAUAGAGUCUAUUGUGGCCGUGGCCUUUUCCUGCCUGGGGAUCCUGGUCACCAUGUUUGUCACCCUUAUCUUUGUGCUCUACAGAGACACCCCUGUUGUCAAGUCCUCCAGCCGCGAGCUCUGCUAUAUUAUCCUGGCUGGCAUCUUUCUGGGUUACGUCUGCCCUUUCACCCUUAUAGCUAAACCCACCACGACGUCCUGCUACCUCCAGCGCCUUCUGGUGGGCCUCUCCUCCGCCAUGUGUUAUUCCGCCCUCGUGACCAAAACCAACCGCAUCGCGCGCAUCCUGGCGGGCAGCAAGAAGAAGAUCUGUACCCGCAAGCCCCGCUUCAUGAGCGCCUGGGCUCAGGUGGUCAUCGCCUCCAUCCUGAUCAGCGUGCAGCUGACACUGGUGAUCACGCUGAUCAUCCUAGAGCCCCCCAUGCCCAUCCUCUCCUACCCCAGCAUUAAGGAAGUUUACCUUAUCUGCAACACCAGCAACCUGGGCGUUGUGGCUCCUGUGGGCUACAAUGGACUCCUCAUCAUGAGCUGCACGUACUACGCCUUCAAGACUCGCAAUGUGCCUGCCAAUUUCAACGAGGCAAAGUACAUUGCAUUCACCAUGUACACCACUUGUAUCAUCUGGCUGGCCUUCGUGCCCAUCUAUUUCGGCAGCAACUACAAGAUCAUCACCACCUGUUUCGCAGUGAGCCUGAGCGUGACAGUGGCUCUGGGGUGCAUGUUCACUCCUAAGAUGUACAUCAUUAUAGCCAAGCCUGAGAGGAAUGUCCGCAGUGCCUUCACCACCUCAGACGUGGUGCGUAUGCAUGUCGGGGAUGGCAAGGCACCUUGCAAGUCCAACACUUUCCUCAACAUAUUCCGGAGAAAGAAGCCAGGGGCUGGAAAUCCAAAUUCUAAUGGAAAGUCUGUGUCAUGGUCUGAACCAGGUGGAAGACAAGAUCCAAAGGGGGAACAUACGUGGCACAGACUCUCAGUGCAUGUGAAGAACCAGGAGACAGGGUGCAAUCAGACAGCGGUGAUCAAACCCCUCACUAAAGACUACCACGGCCAAAGUCUGACUUUUACUGACAUCAGCACUAAGACUCUGUACAAUGUGGUGGAGGAAGAAGACAGAGAGCCCGUUCACCUCAACCAGUCCAGCAGUCCUUCCAUGGUGGUGCACAGGCGGGUGGCAACGACCCCCCCACUGCAGGCCACGGCGGAGGAAACCCAACUCUUCUUGCCUGAGCAGUCCCCCAAGACUCUGCCCCUGCAGCCACAGUCUCUCAUGGACCAGCUGCAAGGAGUGGUCAACAAGUUUGCCACCGGCAUCCCCGACUUCAAUGCUGUCCUCCCCACUCCUGGCUCAGGGAAUGGCGUGCGGCCCCCCUGCCCACCCCCGCCACCCCAGCAGCCGCCCCUGCAGCCUUUCCUGGUGGCUGCCUUCAGCAAGGAGCCCCUGUCUCCCCCAGCUGAGGAAGCUGAAAGUGAGAAGGUGAAGCUCAUUCAGGGAUAUGUGUAUGAAAAGAGCACAGAGGAGGAGGAGGAUGAGGAGCCGGCAACCAGCAAACUGACUCUAGAAGACUCUCCAGCGCUGACGCCCCCAUCCCCUUUCCGGGAUUCAGUGGCUUCGGGCAGCUCCGUGCCCAGCUCCCCUGUGUCAGAGUCGGCGCUCUGCACACCCCCAGAUGUGACCUACGCCUCUGUCAUCCUGAGGGAUUAUAAGCAAAGCUCGUCCACCCUGUAGAUGCUGCAAGAGACAAGAUGGGAAGGACUUUGGCAGCUGCCUACUGGGAGGACUUGUGGAGACAAGCCUCCCAGGGCUGUGGGAGAGAGAGCACAGAACAGUGACAAAUGACAGGGCAAAAUUUUCAUCCUGAACUUAAAUAACUAAAAUGAAACAAAAAGAAAAUAAAAAAAUCCAUUCUGAGGGCUCAAGAUUCUCUAUCUGUUAAAAAUAAAAAUACUGUACUUUUGGGAAAAUGUUAGGAAACCAUAACAAAGCACAAACUAAAGGAACAUCUUCUAUAGCAAAAAAAAAAAAAAAAAGAAUAAUCACACAGGAAAAAAAAAUAUAAUCACACUUAGUCACACCCUCUCUUGGCAAUGCUUCAAAAGGACUUUGGGAAGUGUGACCUGGAGAAGUCAGUAGCACACGUCAUGACUGCUGUCUGUCUGCUAUGGGAGUAACACACCCAGGAGCUGGAAGGGCAGAUUGUGGUGCAGGGGAACAAAGCUACUUGUAUAUGAGACAUAUAUGCAUAAACAAUUUUUUCCUGAUUUCUACAGGUGGCAUAACUGUGGAACUUUAUUUUGGGGAGAGGAGAUGACAUAAUGUGAAAGCACAUGGCUCUUACUGACUCCUAUCUGAAAGAUUUGUUCUUCAUACUAGGCUGCUUUUUGGGGGAUUUGGGCUUCUUUUAAUGUUGAUUGUGAGCAGAGCAAGAAAUAUGAUAAGUUAAGACUCAAAAGGUUUCUGAAGAAAGCCUUGCCAUACUACUUGUGAUAUGAUAAGGACUUUAAAAAACUGCCCUUUUGUAUAAGGUUGAAAACCAUGUGGCUAAACUGUUACACAACAUUUCCUGUAGCAGAACAAUAUUAAUUGACUAUCUUUUCAUAAAAUAACGUAUUUUGCCAUGCCAUUGCAUCAUUCCUUUGUGUUACUUUGGAAUCAAAUGCAUUGAGAAAUAGCUGUUUACUUAGAGCAACAACUGUUAGUCUGGAAGAAAGGCAAUUCCACAUUGGGGGUUAUGGAGCCUCCCGGCAAGAGAGUGAGCGUACGUUUGUGUAUCUGUAUGCGUGGGUACGGUGUGUGUGAAGAGUAAUGUCCAAUAACUACCACUGGGAGUUUGUCUUAUAUACUAUGAAUAUUUUUAUGUUUAAAUUAUGUUUUUAUAUCGCAUUGGUACAAAUAUUCGAUAGAUCUUUGAAGGUUUGUAUGCUGUGCUAGCAUAUCUUUUUUUUUCAUAUACAAGCUGAGACAGUCGUUACCCUUAUAAUAGGGUGCUUUGUUUUGCAGAUAUUUUAUGAAGUAGACAUAAGAUAUUAAUAAACAGUGCAUUGAGAACUUGUUAUUUUACAUGUUUUGCAGUAAGUGUGGCUAACCAGAAAAAAAAAAAAAAAAAAAAAAAAGGUCUGUUUUAGAACUCUUGCAGAUGAGAGACGGGAAAAGUAAUCCAACUAUUUCACUGCUUCAGAUAAUUUAAAAUAAAAUCAUGUCAGGACAGGAAAUUUCACCAGUGCUUAAUGUGUGCAUAAAUUCCCAGGUGUUGCUAUUGACAGUUCUUUUAAACCCUUUAUGAUGUUUAGUUGCAUGUUCUUUCCUUAUUCUUUCACUUCUUGUAUUUAAUAUACAAUAUAGCUUAAAUGUCACUUCCAGGCAGUUGUAGUUCUGUCAUUUAUUCCUCCUCCUCCUCCUCUAUCUUUCAUGUGUUUCCUAGAGAUGGGCCUAAUCCAAAGUUCCCUAAUGACUGGCAUGAUAAAAGUCCAGGUCUAAUUGCUGUAGCCUGAACUUAAUUAUAGUGAUGAUUACCCUAUUUAUAAAUGUGCUUAUUAUACAUACAUAGAUCAGGAUUUUAGCUGCAAUGAUCUUUGCUUGUGCUGCUGAAUUCAGCUGAGGAUGACGAUCUGUCCCACAGUUCCACAGUUUAUUUCAAAAAUAUUUUAAAGGAACCUCUUCCUGUUAAUAUAGUUGCAAACCCUGAUUUUAACCAUGCUUCUUUUGAAUAUUCUAGCAGAGUUUUUCUGAAUUAAUCAUAAUUCUACUAUUUUUCUUUCUUUUCACUUGAAUUUUAAGAAGUCCUGCUUGUUAUCAGUUCUUCUCUGGAGAUCCAAAUCUCAUAGUUUAUCCCUAAUUAUGCAGUAUUGGUAUUGGAAGGUUUGGCUCAUAUUCAAAACCAGAGAGAGUCUUUUUUUUCUCAUUUCACAAUGUUUGUGAUUAUUAUAAUAUAUAUUUAUGAUAUAAUAUAUAUUGUAUAUUAUAUAAUAAUAUAUAAUAUUCAAUAUUACUUGUGACCAAUUGCUAUCAUCGUUGAUGUGGAAAGCAUGAAAUGACUUUGCCCAAAGACAUGUUUUUGUCAGUAUAUUGAUGUCUCUAUAAUGAAUUGAAGACACCUGAGGGUUAGUUGGUUGAUUUUUUGUUCUGCUUGGGGCUUUUAGGGGGAUAAUUUUUGUUGCUGUUUCUUUUAUUUAAAGUGCUGAUUACUCCUUAAAGCAGCGAGAAAAAUGCCAUAUCUUCUUUGCUGAUCACUGCACUGGCAAUGAAUUCUAUCUUCUAAUAAUUGUAGUAUAAGAUCUGCUGUGCUGUUUCCAAAAACAUACAUUGUCAGUAGCACAGAGCUGAUACUAAGAAGCCAGUCUUUGAAGAUCUGAGAGAGAUAAGAAAAAGAAAUAUUGCAGAUUUGUAUAGACUAGGAGACAGCAAUGUGGCAAGGUAAUAUACUGUUUUCAUAUCUGUCUGUUUUGAACAUAUUAAGCACUGAUUUUAUUACUGCAAUGUAAUUAUAUCAUGAGUAGGAGUUUUCUCGAAAUCCAGUAUAUUAGCUUUUAGUUUGUAAUUGUUAGAACUGGAAACAUACACAUACAUAAAUAUAUCUAAAGAGCAAGAACUCACCUUGUGUAUGCAGCUGUAUGAGCUAUGAAGCUUUCUGUAGAAGUUCUUUCCUUUGGUCUGUCAGAUGCUUGAUGAAAACUGCCUUUUUGUCAAAAUGAUAUUGAAAAUGCUGUAAAAUAAAUAUUUUUUAUUUAUUAUUUAAAAUAGAAUGCCACAAUUUUAAAUUUUUUUGUUUCUUGAAUAGGAAAUAGUCAUGUAUAAUAAUUAAUUGUUCCAGGGCUUUUCAGCAUCAUGAAUAAGAGAUGGUGGGAUGUUUAAAUGGAGAUAGGUAUUGAUUAAAUUGUAUCAUGAAUGUGAGAUGAUGGAGGGUUGAAGGAUUUUGCUUAGGUAAAAACCCCCAGCUUUUUGGGAUCUUAAUAAAAUUCAGAAGCACUGUAACUUUGUAUUCAGGCAGACAAGUUGUAGAAGAGAAUUUAAUGGGAAAUGACAGCAAAUUUUGCUUCCCAAGGACAUGGGAAAACACCAGCCCUUCUCUGAAAAUUGAGAUGUCUGCUUCUCCCAUCAGGGAAAUUGCAAUAUGGUUUCUUGACAGCUAUAAAUGAUAGCCAUUGAGCCUGCCUGGCAUUUUUGUGUCCUACCUUUACUGCUUCUGGAUACAGCAAAGUACUGGGACUCCUGACUUCUGCUCUGCAACUCACAAACACUGUGGCUUUUUGGUGUCUCCUGAACUGCUCUAUGCCUCAGCAAGAUGCUUUUUUGGAGUGCUGCUGGGAUUUUCAGAAACAAGUGGCACUAAACAUAGAAAAUCUAGAUUUUUUUUUUAUCUUUACACUUGUGAAUAGGCUUGUGGCGCCUUUGUUUGGAUCUGGCCUUGCAAGAGCCCAUAUCUGAGGAGUCAGUCCACCUACAACUACUGCAAUGCAGGAGUACAGACAGUGACAUUUCAUUAUGUGGUAAGUGCCAAAAGUUUGGUCUCUUUGUUCAUAGAGGUUUUCUUUUUUCUUAUCCCUUUUUAUUUUUGUUGUCAAAAUCUUUUCUGUCUAUGUCUUAGUAAAAGUUCUCCUGACUGACGAAGUGUAUUCAAUCACAAAAACAUCCUCAGAGAAACACAGCACUUACUCACCUCCAGAGCACCCAGUGCAAUGUUGCACAAGCUGCUGAAAUAAACAUCUGAAGUUAUUUUUCACUGGGUAAAUGGAUGGCUGGACCACAACCACAGAGCAACAAAGCAUACCUGAGAUUUAGUCUCCAUCCUUCUGUCAAGGACAGAGUGUUGGCAGCUUCACCAGCCCAGCCCAUGCCUCUCCACCCAACCUCAAUAACUUGGGUCUCCAGACUGCUGUCAGGUACACUUUGCAUGGACUAAGUGGCUACCAAAAGAAAAAGGCAGUGGAAAUUUGGCUCCUGGGCUUGUAUUCAUCACUCUUUAGACAAAAAAAGGGGAGCAGGUUGCUAAUAUCUGUUCUACACAAGGUCUGAGUGACUGUUAAAAAUGCUUCUUAUAUGGGAGUUGGGGAGUUGGAAAAGUGUGGUUUUGCAGAUUGCAUUGUUGUGGUCCUUUUUUUUUUCCCAAAUAAAUGAGUCACUAGACACUU